ACACAUCCCCACCUCCUCCUCGCCCCCAUUCGCUGGCGGUGGGCGCGAGUGUUUGAAGCGCGAAAGGCGCCGUUGCUAUGGAGACGCGGCCUGGGCGCCGCCGCCGCCUCCCUGUCUGCCACGGUCGGUGAGGGGCGGCGGGUGGUCUCCCCGGCGUGCCGUCCCCGUUCCCUCAGCCCCGUCCCCGUUCCCUCAGCCCCGUCCCCUCUUGUGGGCUCCGGGAAGGAAGAGGAGGUCGGCAAAGAGGGAAGCGGAGCGCGCUGUGAUCCGACUGCCAGGCCUCGUCCGAGGACCGCGGGCCACCUCCUCGGCUCCCGGCCUGGAGCCGUUAGAUUGUCUGCAAAAAUUGGCUUCAUUUUGAUUUUCUGCUUUUAUACUCCAAAAAAACACGGACUCAGAGCCUGUUCUGAAGACAUCUUAGGCUGCUCAUUUCAGGAAAGAGAAGAGGUUUCCCCAUGGUAGUGCUGUUGCAGCUCUUGUAUUUGGAACUAACUUAUGUGAGAUAGGAGCUUUUCAAAGAAUGCUCAGAAAUGCUCACAAGAUUCAUGACUUUCAAAAUAAAGUUACAUAACAAAACUGUAACUUCACAGUAGUUAACCAGUAAGUCUUCCUUUAUCAACUUGAGGCUUGAUCUUGAAGAUGUCAUCUUGCCUUUAUGAAUGCCUUUGUGAGGCAGAGCUUGAAAAAUAUUAUCCUCAUUUUGCUGCCUAUGGUCUGCAGAAGAUUGAUGAGCUUGCCAAGAUUUCCAUGAAAGAUUAUACCAAACUGGGGGUCCACGACAUGAAUGAUCGCAAACGACUCUUUCAGCUCAUUAGAAUAAUCAAAAUUAUGCAAGAAGAGGAAGCUGUAAGAGACUUAAGCAAGCAGGAUUUUCAACCAAGUGGCCUUUUCAUUCAACCGCAGGUGACCAGACCAGGUCCCCGCAGACAGCUGCGUUUUGAGUCCCUCCUCGAGGAGAACAAUGGCACAGUUAAAGAGUCACAAUCAGAGUCGUAUGGUUCAUCUGAUUUCAUUGCCAAGGAAGAGGACAGUCUCGUGGACAUGCUCGGACACAUUCAACCACAUGAUUCAGACCUGGCCAGAUUAACUGUAAGAGAUGUAAAUACAAAAACGGAACUGAACUGUGCAGCAGUUUCUGAUGAUAUUGUUCCUCUCCUGGGGGAUUCUGAAACUCCCAUCAUACAGAGAGUAACUCAUAUUUCAGGGUAUAAUUAUGGACUACCUCAUUCCUAUGUCAGAUCCAGUACUUCUGAUAAAGAGACUCCGUGGACAGAGAGUGAAAAAAUCAGAGUGUGUGUCCGAAAACGUCCUCUGGGCCAAAGAGAGGAGAGACGUGGAGAGGUUAAUAUCAUCACAGUGAAAGAUAAAGAGACCUUACUUCUUCAUGAGAAGAAGGAGGCAGUUGAUCUCACCCAGUAUAUUUUACAGCAUGUUUUUUACUUUGAUGAAGUCUUUGGGGAGUCAUGUACCAAUCAAGAUGUGUAUAUGAAGACAGCUCAUCCUCUGAUCCAGCAUAUUUUUAGCGGAGGCAAUGCAACCUGCUUUGCAUAUGGGCAGACGGGUGCUGGCAAGACGUUCACAAUGAUAGGUACUCAGCGGAACCCAGGACUCUAUGCCUUGGCUGCCAAGGACAUCUUCAGACACCUGGAAGCAUCACCAUCAAGGAAGGAUCACCUUGUUAUGAUCAGUUUUUAUGAGAUCUACUGUGGACAGCUUUAUGACCUGCUAAACGGAAGGAAGAGGCUUUUUGCAAGAGAAGAUAGCAAGCAUGUUGUUCAAAUAGUUGGACUGCGGGAGGUCCAGGUGGAUUCUGUAGACCUACUGUUGGAGGUGAUUUUAAAGGGAGGAAAGGAACGUAGCACGGGAGCUACCGGAGUCAACUCGGAUUCCUCUCGAUCUCAUGCUAUCAUCCAAAUCCAAAUUAAAGACACAGCCAACAGGACAUUUGGGAGGAUAUCAUUCAUUGAUCUGGCUGGCAGUGAAAGGGCAGCUGAUGCCAGAGACUCGGAUCGACAAACAAAAAUGGAAGGAGCAGAAAUAAACCAAAGUCUUUUAGCACUAAAGGAAUGCAUUCGGGCCUUGGAUCAGGAGCAUGCACAUACACCUUUCCGACAAAGCAAGUUAACUCAGGUCCUAAAGGAUUCUUUCAUUGGCAAUUCCAAGACCUGCAUGAUAGCCAAUGUAUCACCUAGCCACAUAGCUACAGAGCAUACCCUGAACACUUUGCGAUAUGCUGACAGGGUCAAAGAGUUGAAGAAGGGGAUUAAAUGUUCUACACCUGUCACAAACAGACGUCGGACAGCUGGAAACGUAUCUCCAAAACGAGUCCAAAACUCUCCCUCUUUGCCACCCGGAGAAAAAAGCUCUCCAAAGAAAGUGAAGCUAGGCUUCCACCAUUCUUCAGGUGCUACAAAAACAAAGAUUUGCCCUCCAGCACUCCAGCCACUUAGUGGCCCUUUGACCUCUACACCCAAGGGAGUCAGCAAAGGACAUGUCUACAAAGGAAAUUCCAGCUCACUGUGGUUCCAUCACAGUAGUCCAAUUAAGGGAGUCCUACGGUUAGGACAUCAGUUGAAGAAGAAAACUGAUGACCUGUCUUCUUGCUCUGAGAAGAGCCACGUUGCAAAGGAUUUUAUCAUCAAAAAUGCUGCCACAGCAGAAACAAAAGAAAGUCUCCAAAGAGACAGAUACAUGCAAGACAAAGCACCUGCCCAGUGCCUGAAAGUCCAGACUGUGCAACCUGUGCAGAAACAGUUUGUUUCUAGAGAUGAUUUUUCCCUUGGAGAUGGAAAUCUGCCUUCUGACAGCAGGCAAGAAUGGGGGCACACCUUUGCUAAACAGUAUGUUGAAGCAUGGACAAAUCUGCCUCCAUUUCAGAAAGAAAGGGAGGAGCAUUUACGCCUCUAUCACCAGCAAUUUCAGCAGCCACCUAUUCUGCAGCAAAAACAGAGCUACCAACCUCUUGAGAGGUUUUUGACACAAUACAAGCCCCAGGAGAUUCAAGUGAAGCAGGAGCUAAGUCCUACUGCCACUGAAGCACAGUGCAAAGAGGAGAUGCAGCUGGAAGAUCUCGAUGACAGUGAUUUCAGUGAAGAUUCUUUCUCACCUGUCUGCAGUCAAAAGAAUGUAAAAAGAAGAAACAGCAACAAGUGCAGUCAGCAUUCUUUUUUCCUCCAUCAAAGAGAACAAGGAACUGAGGAAGAGCAAAAAGGCCAAAAGCGACAGGACUUAUUUUUUAACUAUGCAAUACCCACACAAGAAAAUGAAAUAGAUGACAGCUGGGAUUCUAGUGAGGGCAGACCAAAGAUGGAGGAAUCCAUUAAGAAUGCAGGUUGCAGCAAAACUCUGACUGACUGGAGCUAUGACUUAGCUGUUGGGCUGUCUUCGAGCAACACCGCAGAGAAACCUUACUGCUUACAAGAGGAUCCUGCUUGUAACUGGAAUAAAAGCAAAGACUUCCUAGCAGAUCAUAAGCAGUACAAAUCCAAACUCGGAUGUCUGUCUUACUCCACCGAAGAUACCUCGACUCCAGAAAAGGGUCUUUCAAACCCAUACGUUCCUCCUAUAUUGAAAUUGGUAGCUCCAGAACGCAAACAGAUUCUCCUCCAGCAGGAGAAAGAGGAAUCCACUUUGGAUGGACAGGAUGUUACAGGAGAUAGUAAGUGGAAAAGUCGAAAGAAUGAUGUUAACCAUUGCAGAUCUUCCAGUUGUUCCUCAGAAUUCAGUUCUGAGCUAAUGGCCCCUCUUGUUCCAUCUCUUCUUGACUAUGAGGAAGGAACUGAUACAGAGAAUGUUUCUUCUAAACGAGUAAAGCCUCCUCAUGUGAAACAGAUGUUGGGCAGGAAAGUGCACAGUUCCCAGAUAAGGUUUGAGGAGGAGACCUGGCAGUGCACAAGGAACAGAGCUCUAACAGACAGCAUGCUGGAACUGAGGGAGCAAGCACGUCGUGGUGCGAGACACUGCAUCCUGCAGCAUUCCCCACAAGCAGGGGACAAGUGGCUCUCACCCACCUGCUGUGGUGUGAAGCCGUGCUGCUGCCAUCAGGGCUCAGGUUCAUCAAAUCAAGGAGUUCUUCACAGUUUUGUUGUUGGAAAUGACCUGACAGAAACAUCCACAGCUGAAUCCACAGAAGCCAGGGAAGAGAGAGAGGGUGCUUUGUUUCUCCAUAGCAAAAAGUGCAAAGAAUACUCAGAUGGCAGACAGUGUGAUGUUGAUGUUAAUGAGAACACUGGUAGUUCAGGAAAAUCUGACUCAAGUCAAAGACCAAAUGUUAAGUCUCAGAAAAUAAACACUGAGCUAACUGAGAAGAGCUAUUUUUCAGGUGCAUCGUGCUUCCUAACAGGGGGCAAUACAGAUUAUGCAGUCCAGUCCCCCUCUCAGGAAUGCGGCCUCUUGCAGCCCACGUCAGGACUGAGAAAUGAGGACUUGACUUGUUCUGAAGACUCAGCUAAGUCAUCAUUCAGCAGUGAGGAAAUAGGGUUGCUUAAGAGCAAAUCGGUGCAGACUAUUUUUACCCAAGAAGCUUUUGCUCUAGAUCCAAGAUCUGCAACCAAAGUUACUAAGCCAUUAGCAAAUGCAGACAGCCCAUCGAGCAGCAACACAGGCUCUCCAAGUGCUGUAUCAGAAGUGGGAAAACUGCACAAGGAGGUCCUAGAAAAGGCACAACAGGCUAUGAUUCAGGCCCAUCGGCAGCAGCUGGAUGAAAUGGCAUCCUUGUGCUUCAAGGAAGAACACUUGAUAAAUCAGAUGUCAGGAACGGAUUUUCAGAAUUUCAUCGUUAAGCUAGAUGAAAUCUUGGUACUGAAGUCAAAGUGUAUCCAAACCAUGAGAGCUCAGCUUCAGAUCUAUUUAUCUGAUUCUUCUAGUCCUGACAUAUCUCUGCAAACGUCUCCACCGGUUUAGACCCUCCUUUCUUACACAUGCACAAGAACAGCACCAGAACAGUUUUGGACCCAGCCAGUGUUUCACUGCAGCUGGUGCUGCAGGGUGUAGAUGGGUAGGGGAUUGCUUUUAGUUUGAUGUUUGUGAUUGGUGUGCAAUUUAGAUAAGGUUGGAGAAAAUUCUCAGUAAAUGAAAGGUGGCUACUUGGCUUGACUACCACAAGGAUUCUAUUUCUUUAACACCCCACAAUGAGCUGCACCCUUCCUAUAUGUGACGUUCAGCAGCCUGUAAAUAUCUCACCAAGCAGCUGGCAGUCCUGUACACAGUAUUCAGAGCUUCUUGUGUAAGAGGCACUUCUAUUCAGCCAUGAAAAUUGGAGAGAAAGGAAAAAAACACACAGCAUUUUGAAGCAAGGUACAAGUAGAAAUGUUCAAAAGCCAUCCAGAAAAGUACUUGCAAACAGAAGUGAGGAAACAGAGAGAAGGCACUGUUAAAGGAUACCAAAGGAACAAGUCCAAAAUUAAAUGAAAAUCAAGGCAGGACAAGAUGUACCGGUCCCUUCAGAAAAAUGACUAUUUGAGCAUUUGUUCUUUGCUUGGGACUAAUGCUCCAUAACUUCUAGAAGUCACUUAAGUCAGAGCCAACAAUUGGUCAAGUAGAAGGCUUAUGUACAUGGGACUUCAUCCUGUAGGUCAUCUAGCAUGUUACUAAGCACUUGAAUUUCACACUGGUGCUAACAGUAAGGAUCCAAAGCUUACUGUCUGCAUGCUGUCUGAUAUCUGCGUGACAGCUCAGCCAGAGCGUGCAUGGUCUGGGUUGACAGUUGAUUUUUCACAUCAGAAGAGUCCACUUAUAGGUGGUGGGAUUUAAGAGGCUAACAGUGCUGUUGGGGCACAAAGCUGAUGUUUUAGUCAAGAACAACCAAACAAACAGUUGGAACCCUGCAGGAUCCCUGCUGCCACGUGUGCAUCAUGGUUGAGUCACACAACCCCUCUUGCUGAAGCCACAAGUGACCUUGAAAUGUGCUAGUGUAAACAAGAAUGUGCAAGCGCUGUCAUUCCAAAAUUUGGGCUGCCACAGCAUAAUUGGCCACCUCAGUGUUUCCUCAGUUAUGCCUGUAAUAGAUCAAAGUUUGCUCAGUGCAUAAAUGCCAAUGGUUAUGAAAACUGCUCUCUGACCAGCUGUGAAUGUUGCUGCUUGCUUCUGCAGCUACCCAGAGGAGCCUGGGAGUUGCAGAGCAACAGCUACAGCAAUAGCAGUUACGCAGUUAUCUGGAUUGCAUAUUUGGUGCAAGCAUUCCCAGGAACAUCACACAGCAUAGCACUGGGUAGCAGAAGUGGAGGGGAAGGAUUACAACUGUAAUUGAGGAAGAAGGUCUUACAUUAGUGCCCUGAUCUAUUGGGGUUAUGGUGUAUGCAUGGAAGAGUCUCCAUCUUGCAAGUGAGAAUGCUGUGUGGAGCAGAGAAUGGAGCCCCUGCAGGGCCUGAGUUGAUGUUGGCCUUCAGGAUGGUUCCAGUAUCUUAGGUCUUAGGCUACCAGCAUAUCACACCUGAAAUGAGGUCUCCCAUUCCUGUUUGAGGAAGCCUUCUUUCCUCAGAGAAAUGAGGCAUUCAGGAGCAAGAUUCUUCAGUCUCAGUAUCUCAUGUCCUCCUGGAGACAGGGCUAGCUUCCCCAUACAUAAGGUAAGGAGAACACAAGGCAGCUAGGCAGUCCUUACACCUUCUGAAAGUAAAAACAGAUGCAAGCAAUUACAGUAGUUCCCACUGUUCUCAGCAAACACACAAAAUGAGGCCGUCACAGAGCUGCCUUACUUUUGCAAAUAAGUUUGAAGAGGAAUGUGGGAAUGCAGGAUGUGUCACAGGUCAGAAGAAAAUGAGAGGUCCUGCAGCAAUGUAAUGCUAGCUGGUAGAGGGGGGAAAACUUUCCCUCCAUGUACUUUGGCACUUGGGACAUGAGGAUCAAUUAAGUGUACUUUAACCCAGUAGGGAACUGCUUUUUAAAGACCAACUCAGCAAAAACAUGUUCAGACUCUUAGCCAAGCUGGGCAUUCAUAACGCGACACAUAAGAGCCAUUCACACAGCAUGAUGCGGCACGUCCUAACCUCAGUAUUUUCAGAGGUGUAACAAGACAGAGGAGUGGGAAAAAUUCCCACAAGUGAAAGAAAAGUGGCAUUUUCUCCGUUAUUAAAACUGAGCCACCUGUGCAGCAGGUCUACUCUGGAAAACAAGCAAGUCUGGCAAAUCUGAGCACCAGCAUAAGUCCUCAGAACAGGAACUACUUGUUCAAUGCAGAAACAGCCAGGAAUGCUAUAAAAAUAUGUAGCAAUUAAAAGUCUUUUUAAAACUGAAGCCAUCUAGCUAAUCCAUGAGAUUAACAAUUAUAUUGAACCAGGUGCAGUCUAUUCACAGUUUAUAUUCCCUGCUGGACAUGAGACUCUGCUAAAAUUAAAAACUAAAAAAGCAACCCUAACUGCAAAAACUCACUUCUCUUCAGCAAUAACAGGGCUGCUGCCAUGCUUGAAGUGCUGCAUGCCUGUGAGACACCAAAACUGGGCUCGCAGUUUGCAAAAGAAACAACAGGAGCAGUUACAGAAAAUGGUACCGUUCUCCUCUCCGCCCUCAGGUUAUUACUUGGAUGCUGCUUUAACCCAUGUGAGUGUGCUACCAGUGCCAGUGUCACCCCCUCCAGCUGUUUGAUACUGCACUGACACCUGAUAUGAAUGGUUUUCAUUUCAACUUGAAGAACAUAUAUGAUUUUUGUUACAGCAGGUUGUGUGUUUUUUGCUAAGAUUUUGAGAGCCUGACCGCAUACAAUCCAAUAAAUACUGAGUAAGGCAGAAUCACUUUUGUAUGCAAGUAAAAGAAAGACUAUUAAUGCUAUGCAGAUGCUUGAUAUUUUAUUUGAAUAAUUUACAUCAUUUAAAAUAAAAUUCAGUUUACUACAGAACUCUGGUAAAAUUUCUAAAGUAGACGUGAUCCAAAUGACUGUAAAAAUGUUUGAUUGUAAAAGAUCAUCUCAGCAGAAGCGAGCUGCCUGCCCAGCUGGCGGAGGGCAAGGAGAGCUGCCCAGCCAGGUGUCACAGAAAACCCACAUCAGAACCAGGAACCAACUCACCUACGACAGCACAAGGACAGCUCGUGGGGCACGGUCAGCUCCAGCAGCGCCAGCCAGGCGCCGGCAGGCAGCACUAGGGCUCUGGCUCCAAGCACAGUCUGCAGCUUGGACUUUGCCUGCACACUUCUCAUCGUAACAGACAGAUCUCAGAAUUCAGCAGCAGCUAGCACAAAAGGCAGAACAACCUCUGACAAAGUUACAACACCGAAAGCCAUUUACCAGGCAUGUGAAUCAACCUGCUGAUCUCAGAGACCCAGCCUCAACCCAACACUUCCACACCGAGCUUUGUUCAUAACAGUACCAGAGUAACUAAUGAUGCACGGCGCCCAAAACAUCCAAAUCUCAUCACAUUAUGCCAUUUCUUUAGAAGCAGCUUUCCCCUACCGCACUUGGUUAAUCCCCACCACUCCAUGGCUUCAUUCCCUAUCAGCCACCUCAAGAACACACUCCCAGCUUCAGCCACCCCAUGAUGCAAAAUCCAGAAAACUCACUACAGAUGCAAGAGCAACGCUGCAGGGAAAACACCCACUGGUAUUCCUCCUGGAUAACAAGAGACUUUGUAAGUAACAAGGGCUUCGUAAGUAUCACUUUCCAUCUUUCACUACCACGGAUUGAUAUCUCCAUUCUCACUUUUAAAAACAACCUCUAUAAGCAAAGAGGUUAUUACAGCGUGGUUCCAGCGACUGUGAAAAGAACUUAACACACAUUAACUUUAUUCAGAGGUUUGAUCUAAAUACUUUGCUUCUUCACUGGCAACGGUUCUUGCCUGUUCAGGACUGUCUACUGCCAGACAGGAACCUGUUCAGAAUUGGAUGUGAGAAGCUAAACAACACAACGAACUGCUCAUAGCAGUAACGGUAAACACCUCUUUUUUCUACUUUCCAGCUUUUCUGACUUAUCAGGAACCCUGUUUUCAUGUUUCAAACUCCUAUUUUGCAUCAGAGAAGCAGAGCUGGGCACCCACUUUACCUGAACCCAGAGGGCCAGCUCCAAACCAGAAAUUAAUUGUUGCCCUACAGGCUGGAAUGCCUUUCUUACACAAGUUUUGACCUUAGUCCCAUCACUGGAAGCUGGCGAGGUGAGGCUCAGUAUUACAGCAUACAGUCCAUUGGAAGCCUGCCCUAGUCCUGCUCAUCAUCUAUCCCCAGAUCUCCUGGAUGCUUGCCAGCUACAUUUGAACAUCAUUCUGUUUUAAAUAAAGGUAAUUAAUGUCGUGCACCUCAUAGGAGAAUUCCAGGAGCUAACACUGACACCAGAUGAGAUGUUUUGGAUGUAUUUUAAUAAAAUAAUGGAAAUCAAUGCAAUCCCCUUCAGAGUCCUGAUGAACUAAAAAACUUACUAUUGAAAAACGUGAAUUGAGGUAAGGAGCUGGGCUGUCUUCCCUUCCCAGAGUCCAAUUCUCCCAGCUCCAUGUUCUAACAUGAGUUUUGAUCCCCAAGCUUCUUGUUUUUUGUUUUGUUUUUGUGUGUGUUUUUGUUGUGUUUUUUUGUUUGUUUUUGGUUUUUUUGUUUUUUGUUUUUUUUUUGUUUUGUUUU